CAAGCCGGGGGAGAGGUGAAGGAAUCGCAAGCGCUCAACGAUGGAGCGUUUUUAAGGAAUAACGACGAGCUCCCCCGUCGGAGGUACUGGAAAACUGUCAUCUACAUGACCAAAGAAACGAGGCCGGCUAAGAGAAAAGCAUCCGUAACAAUCAUGCAAUUUAAAUACAGACGAAUUUGAGCAACCGCUUCAAGGUUACACGGCUUGAAGACGCCCCAGCAUCCCCUUGUCGCAGAUCAGCUGGCGUAGGUUGGUUGAUCAUCACCGGCACUGACCAUGUCCGUGGAAGAGCAGUGCUAUCCCGACGCAAUGCUGCUGCGGGAGGCUGGUCCAGAAUGGAUGCGGGCCGAGAUCGAGCGUCUUGCCCGGGAGCUGAGUGAGACAACGAAUGAGAAGAUCCAGGCGGCGGAGUAUGGGCUGGCGGUGCUGGAGGAGAAGCAGCAGCUCAAACAGCAGUACGAUGACCUGGAGAUUGAGUACGAGGCCGUCAGACAAGAGCUAGAUCAACUGAAGGAGGCCUUCGGACAAGCUUACUCCAACCACAGGAAGGUGGCAGCAGAUGGGGAGAGCCGUGAGGAGUCUCUGAUCCAGGAGUCGGCCUGUAAGGAGGCCUACUACGAACAGAGGGUCCUAGAGCUACAGAACGAGCUCCGCCAGACACGCAACAUUCUGACUAAUACCCAGUCUGAGAAUGAACGGCUGAGCACUAUCUCCCAAGAGUUGAGAGAGAACGGCAACAUGUUGGAGCUCCAGAGGAACCAGCUGCGCGAUGACAUCAAGGAGUACAAGUUCCUGGAGGCUCGGCUGCUGCAGGACUACACUGAGCUGGAAGAGGAGAACAUCUCACUGCAGAAGCAGGUCUCCAUGCUCAAACAGAGCCAGGUGGAGUUUGAGGGUCUAAAGCAUGAGAUCAGGCGUCUUGAGGAGGACACUCAAUUUCUUAACAGCCAGCUGGAGGAUGCCAUCCGACUCAAGGAGAUCUCGGAGCGUCAGCUAAGCGAAGCCCUGGAGACCAUCAAGACUGAGCGUGAGCUGAAGGCUUCCCUGAGGAAAGAGCUGUCCCACUACAUGAACAUCGGAGACACUUUGUAUCACAGCCCUCUUAGCAUUUCUUUGGAUGGUCUUAAGUUCAGCGAAGACGCCUCCACUGAACCAAACAACGAUGAGGCGCUGCACGGAUACGAGAACGGUUUCACCAAACUGGCUAACACCAUCAACUAUGACAACUGUCUGUCAACGCCUAAGAAGGAGGAGCUGUUCAAUCCUGCACCCAGCCUGGUAGACGACCUGCUGAGUGAACUCAACAUCUCAGAGAUCCAGAAGCUCAAACAGCAGCUGAUGCAGAUGGAGCGUGAGAAGGUCAACCUGCUGUCCAACCUGCAGGACUCCCAGAAACAGCUAGAGCAGGCUAAUGGUGCUCUGUCGGAGCAUCAGGAGAAGGUUAGCCGGCUCACAGAGAACCUCAACGCCAUCCGCAAACUUCAGGCAAGUAAGGAGCGCCAGUCUGCCUUGGACAAUGAGAAAGAACGCGAUAGCCAUGAAGAUGGCGACUACUAUGAGGUGGACAUCAACGGACCUGAGAUCCUGGAGUGCAAGUACAAGGUUGCUGUGUCUGAGGCGGGGGAGCUGAAGGAGGAACUGAAAACUCUAAGAACAGAAUACCAAGCCUGUCAGUCACGCUACGAAGAGGAGCGCACCCGUCUAGAGAACGAUGUCUCAACGUUAGGAGAAAAGCUGGCAUCUCUGGAGAAGACUUGUCAGACAGAGAAAGAACAGAAGAAUAAGCUUGAGAAAGAGCUGCGCAAGCUAAGUGAUGUUGCAGGGGAGUCUCAGGGUAGUCUUAGUGUGGCACAGGAUGAGCUGGUCACCUUCAGUGAAGAACUGGCCACCCUCUACAACCACGUUUGCAUGUGCAACAACGAGACGCCCAACCGCGUCAUGCUCGACUUCUACAAAGAGGGUAAGGGCGGUCGGAGCAGCCCUGAAGGCCGUGGCCGCCGCUCGCCCAUUUUGCUCACCAAGGGCCUUUUCCCAGAGCCUGGUAAGACUGACCUUAGUGACGGAGCCCCCUCACCCAUCUCCUCUCUGCCUUCUCCCGUGUCUGACCACCGCCGCGAGCCCAUGAACAUCUACAACCUAGUGGCCAUCAUCAGAGACCAGAUCAAGCACCUGCAGCUUGCCGUGGACCGCACCACCGAGCUGUCCCGCCAGAGGGUGGCCUCUCUGGAGUAUGGCACAGUAGCCGACAAGGACAAGGAAGCCUGCAUGGAGGAGAUCCUCAAACUGAAAUCUCUCCUCAGCACUAAGAGGGAACAGAUUGCAACCCUUAGGACUGUCCUCAAGGCCAACAAGCAGACAGCUGAAGUUGCUCUGGCCAAUCUGAAGAGCAAGUAUGAGAAUGAAAAGGCCAUGGUGACCGAGACCAUGAUGAAACUGAGGAAUGAGCUGAAAGCCCUGAAAGAAGAUGCUGCCACCUUUUCUUCUCUCAGAGCCAUGUUUGCCACACGUUGUGAUGAAUACGUCACUCAGCUGGAUGAGAUGCAGAGGCAACUGGCUGCAGCUGAGGAUGAGAAGAAGACCCUCAACUCCCUGCUUCGCAUGGCCAUCCAGCAGAAACUGGCCCUGACUCAGCGUCUGGAGGACCUGGAGUUCGACCACGAGCAGACCCGCAGGGGAGGCAGCGGCCGGGCUAAGACCCGCAGCAAAGCCGCCAAUGGCACUUCCAACAACCCCCAUGUAAGUCAGAGUCUAACCUGCUCUGGCUCCGGCCGCCCAGAACACAACAACGCCAUGCCCAAUGGCAUUCUGGGAGGCCCAGGGGUCUUUUGCAGCGAGAAGUACAAGAUCUACUGCGACUGAGGCUGCUGAGAAGUGUACAAGGGACUGCUGUGUACAGAAGGGAGGGGGCGAAAGCCGCCAAACCCUCCCUGAAUUAGUGUUAAAGAGCCCCACUCGCUCGCUUAGCUCCCUGGCCGGCCUGCGCUCCUCUAGGGACUGCUGUGUGACUAACCAGCUGCUCGUGUGUGCUAGUGUAAACGCUUAGGGGAAUGCAGGUGUAUGUACAGUGUGCACUAGACGUCUGGACUGUAGUAGACAUAUACGGCAUGUGGAUUAUAGGGCCCUGGUUAUUAUUGGGGGUUUUGUUGAUAUUAUGGAGUGUCUAUUCUUUCCGCUGUCAUAGUGCUGUACGUAUGAUGUCAAAGGUGGCAUCUUUUGUGCUUGUGUGUUCUGGCCCCCUGAGUGUAUUGCCUGGUAACAUUGUGGGCAUGGGGAAUUGUAAAGAGGAUGUCAGUGUGAUGGUCUUGUGACUAAAUCUGACAUCCUCUGCUCUUCAGCCUGUCUGUCGGCAUCGGUGCUCCUUUAAAGACCCCAGUGCUGACCUGUGUACAGAAGCCCUCUGUCCAAUCAGGUCAUUGUUUAAAGAAAAAUGGAACUUUGGAGACAAAAAGGAUCUAAAAUAUGCAAUCUCCCUCUGCUUUGUUUCUGGGGAGCACACAGGGAUUCAAAGAAAUACAAAAGUCAGAAGUGGAUCUGCUGUUGGUUUUCAGAUGGAUACGUUUGGGUGGAAAAGGAGCACCUUUGACCGCAGAUGAUUAUUUCAGGAUCAUUUAUAAGCUGUGAUGCUAGCACACCAAUACUAUAGGGUCAAUAGAAUCGCAUGGCUUUGCAGCUGAAAACGCUUAUAAGCUCUUUAUUUUCUUUUUUCAUGUUGUCAGGUGUGUGGUCUGAGAGGAUGUAUAACAGGGCUCUACAUUGUGUUAAGAGAAGUGAUUUGGUGUCUGGUGAAACACAGGAGGGCUAUUCCAUGUGACCCAUUAUGUUGAGAAGGAUUCUUUCAGAGCCAUAUUCUAAGUAAGAGAGGAAGAAAGUUUGACAAAUCGAUCUCCACACCCAAAUUAAGUGCACUUCAGCAAAGGUGCCUCAGGUUCCUGCUUCUCUUAAAACAGAUUUAAUGAUUACUGUGAACAGAGAUACAAUAUAGUUUUGAUCAAGAAGAUUUUUUUAAUAUGGAGCAAAUCGUAGAAGAGCACAAAUCAAAACGGCACCCACACGUGUGGAGCAAAAGAAACAAAACCGACCACUCGGCAAAAGUGCCUGUCGACCCAAACACUUGAGAUAUAUAUAUAUAAAUAUCUAUCUGUUGAUGUAAAGCCCUGUCCUUUUGUCUUAACUCUGUUUUUUCCUUCUCUCUCACCUCCUAUUUCUCCUCUCUCCAUCUCCCUGAGAUCUGACUCUUUUCUAUGUGGAUGAAAACCCUUCCCUCAUGUCUCUAAUCUGUGUCUUGUCACUUGGUGGCCACGACGACUUUCUCUCUUUUAGAUUGUCAGCAGCUUGCUCCCUCAGCAUCACCACUCACCCUUUAACUAGAAAGAGGAAUUUGUGGGGAAAAUUGCCCUCUCUAUAUAUUUUCGUCAGGUAACGUCCUCACGUAUGUUGUGCUCCUGAUAUUUGCCUGUGUGUUUAUGAGCGUUGGACCCUCAUGUUUGUGUCAUGUUUUUAACAUGAAGGGUCGCUGAUUUCUUUUGUUUUGAUGAUGUGUGUGAGGACAAAACCUUGUACUGUAGUAUCCACAAUAGCUUUAACCCCUGCAAGCUAGCAUUACGCAAAUAAGAAAAUAUAAGUGGGGCUUGUGUUUGAUAAAUCCAUGUACUGCUUGUGGAUCAUAAACACAUUAGCUUUAUGAUGCUAAAAGCAGGGUUGAUGUGAGGAAAUCCUGCAAGAUUAAUCAAAUGAUGCAUUUUCUAAUACUCCUAAGCUAUAUAUGAAACUAUAUUCUUGAUAUGAUCAUUUUCAGGUUCUAAUCUUGCAGGAUGUUACUACAGUGUUCCUUCCUCUCUAAUAAAAGAGAGGGAGCUUAAAGAUUCCUCCAAAAAAGGAACAAAGUCAGCAUUCAACCCUGCUUCAGUGCGCAUCUAUAAGCCUCCAUGGAGACAAUAGAGUAAAAGAAGAAAAAACAGCCUCCGUAGAGGUCAAUCACUCUUAAGUUUGAGAUUCACCUAACUUACAAGUGUGAUAUAUUCUGUUUCUAUCAGUUUGCGCUGACUGAGAAAAUGUUAAGGGAGUAGAGAGGGGGGAGAACUACUCAUGUUGCAGCUCCUGAGAGAGGAGAUAAGAGACCCAGACACCCUGGUGAAGAGAACCAGACGUCUGACUGAGACUCUGAUACUGUGGAAAUGAGUCGGGGGUUUCCUGAGGGAGAAACUCCCAUAUGUGAUGGAGGAAAAAAAUAAAAAACUGAAAACUUGGUCGCUCGACCGACCAGAGGACAUUGAUUCAAAUUAGUCGAGCCCCCUAACCCUUCCUGUUGUAUAGGCUCUGUGGACUCACCGAGCAGUAGAUAGACACUCAAGAUGUGAUUGUGACUCUAGAUAGAUGAAUUCCCACUCCGCUCCACCUAGUUUGAAAUCAAUGUCUGGCUAACGUGGUGUCAUUACAGCAUGCCACCUAAAUAAAAUACUCCUCCUACCUCUGCUUGCAGGCUCUUCCCACGUCACCUUUAAGUUUAACACCCGAAUCAUCUCAUUCAUAAUAAGCCUGCAUGUCAAAAACAUCGUCCAUUUUUCAUUAACUCGCAUGACAUAUGAGAAACAUCGAUCUCCUCUGAGUUGGGUGGUGGGUUUUGGCUUUAACUUUGUACUUAUGAGUCACUGGCUUCCUAACAGCAACACUGACAGACUACCAAAUUAACUCCGGCUGCUUCAGGGCUUCUGUUGCUUUGACUAACUCCUGCUUUGUUUGUGUGGACUCCUAACUACAGCCGCUAUAAAUUGACCAAUAAUGCUAACGCUGAUCAUAUGUCUGUUUCUCCAUUUUGCAGUCAAUACAGUAGUUCUGCGAGGAUGACGAAGUACCAACACAAGGUCCAUUCUCAGCUGAUUGAGCGCAACGAAAAAAGAUUUAGGCCAUUUGGACUGAUUUUAAGUCAACUAAUUUAUUUCAGUUAAAUCCAAAUGCUUAUGAUGGCUCUAAUUUUCAUGCUGCUGCUUUAGGAAGCCAAUUUCUCACAGGUCCAGUGAACUUAAAGUGUGAUUGGUUAAUCUAACCUCCAAUAAGAAGCCAAGGAGCAUGAGGCUGUUUCUCAAUGUACAUCAACAAGCUGUUUGGUCUGGUUUCUUUUUUGUUUUUAUUUUUUUGUUUAUAUAUUUCUUUUAAUCUGUGCACUUUCAUUAUAUAGGAUUAUAACAGACUAUUAUUAACCUAUAGGAAAGCGUGGUAGAACUAUGGUUUGUGAGUAAUUCAGUGUAGGUUAUACGAUCAUAGGAUCAUACGUCCUGAUUCAUCUUAAAUAACACAACUAUUUACUCUAGUAACUGCUCCACAAACCACAGACCUACUAUUUUGACUUUAUCCUCAAGAUUUUAUCCAUCAAAUAAUCAUUCUUAAAUUGUUUUGUUACAUCGUAUGUUAUACUGUUGGUUUUCUUUAUGUUUGUUCUACUGCCAUGUUCUAUACAAAAAAAAAUCCAGGGUGAUCAAAUUCUGGGGUUUUUUCAUGUAUUUAUUAUUCCUAGGAAUAGUUCAAAAUAACACAAUGAAACUUGACAACGCUCUGACUCAAAUAGGUAAGUUGUGUUUUGGGAAAAAAAUUGAGUGACAUGAUAUGCUUUUUUCCUUACUUCUUACCGAGGGCGUUCACUGAAAUGGGAUCACUGGCUUACAGAAUUCUCUGCAAGUGUGACAAUUAAAUUCCAAAUUGGAAUUGUUUCAUUCUCUCUUCAUUUAUCGUGCCAAAUCUUGGCACACCAUUUAGGUUUGAAAAGAAUCAAGACUGGGAAAUAAGACAAACCGUCACUGAGGAAGACGUAGUCCGGACUGUUGCCGUCCGCGCUAGCGCCAGGGUUUUGUUUUUGGUUUGUUUAAUUCUUCGUUUCUGACCAGUAGUGCCUUUCAUUGUUUCAAGGGAGAAUCUUAGACUAGCAUUUUAUGUUUUCUUUUUUUAUAGGUGAGGACUUUGGGUUCAAAAUGACUGUGAGCAGCAAUAAGUGCAAAGGGAAAUUGUUCCCUGUCUGCAUGAGUGAGUUGAUAGUUUAAAAUUAGCUCAAUAAAAGUGAAAUUGUAUUGAAUUCUGCAGGUCAGUGAUCCAUUCAAUAAAUUCAGGGGUAUUAUUAAAAGGUUGUUUUUUAUCAAACUUUGGGAACCAAAAGAAAUCCCUUUGGCCUCCUGUUAUUGAACAAAAUGCUCCAAACAUCUGUUGGGGUGCUUCAGUGUACUAUUGGAAACAUCUACGUAUCUCUAGCUUUGUUUGGUGAAGGUAAUGUGAUAUCAAUAGUAUUGUUGAAAAAUGUGCAGAGAGCGCAUUUUCUCUUUCUUUUUUUGUCCAAUUUGAGUUCUGUUUGUUGUUUUUAUAUUCUUUUUUUACAUCAUCUUUAAGCAUUAUGUUUUCAGUAAACAGAAAACAAGAAUAAGCAUCAACAAGCUUGAAUAGUGCCAUUAUAGCCAAGGCUUGUUUGUUGAGGCGUUAAAGUUACAAAUAUGGACGUGAAGCUAAAAAACAAAAGUGCAAUUCAGAUGCUGUUUUACAUAAAAGAAUAAAAGGUUUUCUGUUUGCUGGAAGCGAUAGCAUUGUGAUAAUAAAAUUUAGCUGUGCAAACUUUAUAUUGUCAUAUUGUGUUCCAGUAUUGAUCCAUAAUGAGAGUUUGAUAUCUUUAUAUGAAAUAACGACUUCACCUGUAUGUUGGUAUUUAUUUGAAUUGUCAUGCAGUACUGUAUUCUUAUCAAUAAUGUGCAUUAUGAUUAGUGGCAUAUUGAUUAUGGCUAAAUGUCAUAUGCAUGUUCCUCAGUCAUGGGACCUUUACACAGAAUUGAAAACAAACAUGUAAACUUUGUCAGGGUGUUACAAUUACGGAGCGAAACAAAAGAAAAGAGUCUGAUGUAUUACUGCUGAACUAAUCCUAAAAAAGUGUUUGUUUGUUUUCUAGUAGAAAGGCCGUUUCUCUGUGUAAAGGUAGUCAUACUGGCUAAAAUCAAUAAAUGUGACUUAAGUUCCAAAA